AUGGGACAGGAUACCAAGAGCGCGACCAAUGACUCCGGCAAGUCACCGUCGCCGUCGCCUUCUGCCCCGCAGCAUAGACGCGGCUAUCAGGCCUGCGAUCCGUGUCGCAAGCGCAAGGUGAAGUGUGAUCUAGGCAGCGUCGAUAAUCCUCGUCCCCCACCAUGUGUCCGGUGUCGACGUGAGAGCAAAAGAUGCGAAUUCUCAGCGACUCGUCGCAAACGCAAAGCCUCCGAGGCGGCCGAGGAGGAGGCGGACGCGGCCGAAGUACUUCGUCGCGACAAACGUAUGAUGAUCGGAGAACCCGCAGCCGAUAUCCCAGCAAAAAUUGAGUCAACCCAUUUCCCUCAGCCGCCAUUGUCGGUGGACACAGAUGCCUUUCGGACCCGGCAGAGAUGGUCCGACGCUACCCCCGCAACAGCUGCAGGCGCUCAGAGAUUCACGCCCAAUGCCCACGCGCCCAUUACUUCUCCUGCGAGACCAUUCCUCGAAGCUCGGACUUCCCGUCUUCCCUCGUUCCAGGCUAGCGAGCGAAAUGUAGCACCUGUAUUCGCAGGGCCGCCCAUGAUGAACCGAACGGCGGUGGAGUUACUGUCGCCAGCCAUUACAAAUACGCAUGAUGCUCUCCAUCUGCUCUCCGAAGCUGCUGGACGAACAGAGGACUUGAAUCGGCAAAGUCUGGAGAAUCGCCAUGCUGCCAGACGUUCCAUCUCAUCCUUCAAUUCCGGUCCCUCUCCCUUGGCGCACGCCAGUUCUCCCGGUCCAGCGAGCGGAUCUUUCUCGAGGACACCACGGUCUGCCACAGCAGCCGGUGUGAACGGGUAUCUUCCCCCUGGCACGAAUCAGUCUGCUGCUGCUGAGCCUCCAGUAGCAGACGAAGUUGACCAUCGAGAGGGCUCUCCAAACCCCCAGGACCCUGGCUUUGAUGAUGCUGUGCGUGCAUGGUCACGACUACGAUUUGUACGCGCAGGUUGGAUGACGGUUGAAGAAGGCAUGGACUACGUGGCAUAUUACUAUGAAAAUCUCGCGCCCAUGAGUCCGGUUGUCACCCCCGAUUAUUCCAGUCCAUCCACACAUCGCACGUUACUUACGGACGAACCCGUCCUGGCAGUGACAAUUCUCACCAUUGCGUCCCGACACCUGAAGCCAAAGGGUGAUGGGGCAAGUACUCGAGCGUUCUACAUCCAUGAUCGUUUAUGGUCCUAUCUGCGCGGUAUGAUUGAGCGACUGUUCUGGGGCCAAGAGAAAUUCGACGCACAGGCCGGGCGGCCAGGUUCGCUGGGCCUGGCCGCCGGGCCGAGCGGUGCAACCUCCAAAGGCAACCUCCGAGCGUUGGGUACUGUGGAAGCGCUCUUGAUUUUGACCGACUGGCACCCUCGCAACCUUCACUUCCCACCUGGUGACGAUGAGAACACGCUUCUUGAUAGAGAAGCACAGUCCCAGACUCGCCUUGACAGGGACUUCGACUCUGACAUCGAACAGGCGGGCAAUAAAGGUCCCACCGCCGAGGGGCGAGUCGCUUUUCAGAAAUGGCUCGAGCCUGCCUGGAGGUCGGAUCGAAUGUCGUGGAUGCUCUUAAGCACUGCACAAGCUUUGGCCUUUGAGCUGGGUGUAUUUGACCAAAAGAACGAGUCAAAAGGGUCCCCAGAAUCCCCAUCUGAGCAGGCACGAAAACGGCGGCUGCGUAGAUUGAUCCUUGUCUUUACUACGCAUAGCAGUGGUAGACUUGGGAUUCCGUCAAUGUUGCCGCUCACAGAAUGGGCGAGGGACAUACCCGAGGCCCCCAGCGAGCUCGAGGAAGUUGAUCGAGACCUCAAUCAGAUGCAAGAUUGCUGGAUGGGAAUCUCCAAGAUAGUUUACCAAGCGAACAAUCAAUUAUUUGCAUCCAGCGAGCAAACCUCGGAACUGAUCAGGAGUGGGAGAUACCGAGAACAAAUUGAUUGGUUUCAACCCCAACUACGAGAUUUCCGACUCAAUUUGGAUCGAGUCAACUUGUCUGCGCCGAUGCGAUGCAUCCUGAUCAUUGAAUACGAAUACACCCGAUUAUACGUCAACUCACUUGCCCUCCAGGCGGUGGUCGAUCGAUGGACAACUAUGUCUAAUGAGUCCACCGCGCAAGCACAGACUAGUGGCCCCGGGCCGUCUGCUGGGAGCAAUGGAUGGUUUCGCACUUUGAUGGAGCUUUAUCGGGUGAAUGAACCCUACAUUCAAGAAGUGGUCGACGCUUCCCGAAAGAUUCUCCAGACAGUCCUGGACGGUCUAGUACCCGGCGGACGUCUGAAGCACGCCCCAAUCCGCACUUUCUUCCGCAUUCUUUCCGGUAUGAUCUUUAUUCUGAAGACAUUUACGCUUGGUGCUCGCGAAGAUGACGUGCGAGUCUCUCUUGACCUCCAGGACCGUACGGUGGAAGCCUUGCGAACCUUUGUUGUCGAUGAUGUCCACAUUAGUAACACCGUCGCUCGUCUUCUGGAGCUCCUCACCAGCAGCAUCCGUACUCGAUUCCUACGAUUUGCACCGCACGAUCGCGGCAUCGAUGGUGAAGGCCAUGCCUCGGCUCCUGUUUCUCGAGCCCAAUCACCACCCCGUGACACCCUUCUGGCUCGCCGUGAUGGCCUGCAGACCCCCUGGUCAUCGGCCAGUGAUGCGCCGUCCGGCUCUGGCGUGGGAGCUUUCACCGACAGCAACGGCGGCGGCGGGAGUUCCUCUGCGCCGCUAGGGUCAGCACACGACCCGUUGGCCAGUAUCCCGGCGCAGCCGAUCAAUUCAUCAAAUUUAAAUGUUUCUUUUAUGCCGCCACCGCCAUCAGUUUAUUACAACUAUUAUGACUCUAACUCCGGCUUGUCGACCAGUGACCUCGGACGACCGUCGCCCAACCAUGUCGUCUCCUCGCAGUCCGUCGGAGAAGGCAAUGGAGCGAGUACCUCCUCCGGCGCGUUUCCGGAUUGGUUUGCACUACCGCUUGAUCAGUUUUUCAACAGCUCUAGCGGGGUGGUGGACCAAGGUCUUGGAGGUACGGGUCCGAUGUUGGGUGAAUUCGAUAUGUUGGAGGUGCUUUUGAAUGAAGGUUAUGAUGGACAUGGACACGGUGAUCAUGACUCUGGCGGUACCCAACCGCAUUUUAUGGGAUGA